CGCCCGAUGCAACCCGCUCUGCUCCACUCCGCACUGCUCUCCUCGGCCGAGCAGGCGUGGAAUUCCACUCUGCCGGGCUCUUCCAUCCAUCAUCCUCCUCCUCCUCGUUCUCCCCCAUCCUUCUUGCUCCCACAUCCCAGACCUCUUCGCUCGACCGAGCUCCUCCUGUCGCCCGAUUCUCCUGUGCGCAUCUCUGCAGCCCCCGUGGUGUCAAGUCAGGAUGGGCGACAUCGGAAAGCUGGUGGUGAAGUGGCAUGGCAGCUUUGGAAAAGCAACGGAUUUCGACUCGUGGGGUCAGCUGGUGGAGGCGGUGGACGAGUACAUGAUCCUUGCCAGGCAGCUUCUCAAAGAGGCACAGUCACCGCCAAACUGCUCAGGAUUCACUGAAGACCAGAAGAAAAUCCUGGGGAAGAUUGCCGCCUGCCUGGAGGUGCGGAGUCAGUCUCUGCAGACCACACAAUCAAAUGAAGAAUUUCCACUCGAAGAUUUGAAGCAACUGGAACCAGUAAUAAAGAAUAUUCUCACGUACAACAAAGAAUUCCCAUUUGAUGUUCAGCCCCUGCCCCAAAGGAGGCUCCUGGCUCCUGGUGAGGAACAGAGUCUCGAUGUGGGUGAGGAGGAGGAGGAGGACGGCGCGGUGGGAGCAGCUGGCGGCGUCACCUCCCACGUCUUCAACGCCCGUCCGUCCGGCACGCUGCUGCCCCGCCUGCCCUCUGAGCCCGGCAUGACCCUGCUGACGAUCCGCAUCGACAAGAUCGGCCUGAAGGACGCAGGGCAGUGCAUCGACCCGUACAUCACCGUGAGCGUCAAAGACGCGAGCGCCGUGGAGCUGAGCCCCGUGCAGGACACGCCGGUGGCCUCCAGGAAGGAGGACACCUUCGUCCACUUUGGCACGGACGUCGAGAUUCAGAAGCACGUGGAGCAGCUGCCCAAGGGCGCUGCCAUCUUCUUUGAGUUCAAGCACUACAAGCCGAAGAAGCACUUCACCAGCACCAAGUGCUUCGCCUUCAUGGAAAUGGACGAGAUCAAGCCGGGCCCUGUCGUCAUUGAGCUGUACAAAAAACCAACGGACUUCAAGAGGAGGAAGCUCACCCUUCUGACCAAGAAACCUCUCUACCUUCACCUGCACCAAACGCUGCACAAGGACUGACGCGCCACGGCCGUGCCCCUCGCUGCCGCAUCCCGGAACGCGGAGUGCCGGUAUCCAUGGCCCUCCGGGUCUUGGCGAGCGAUCUGCUUCCCGGUGCCGCGUGCGUGCCGGCGCGGUGGCGAGGCUCUGGGGGCCCGAGCCCGACACCGUCCCCUUCUGAGAACACCGGCCGCUGAUUUUUAACUUGGCACUGAAAAUAAAUAAAAAGUCUGCCUUUGACGGCGGCAGCGGCAGCAGCACAAAGUGACAGUGCCAGAUGGCGCCUUAAAAUAAGCACCAGUACUGAGUUCAUACCUAUGUUUCCACUGCAUAACCGAGCGGCGCUGGUGCUGGGGCCAUGACGAACCGGCCGGGCGCCAGGGGCUCAGGAGGCGUGAAGUUUAUUGCUCACCGCAGAUCCCGCGGUGUGCUGCCACUCGCGUCGUCGCACCACGCGAUGAACGAGGAUGAGGGAAACGAUUAACCCCGUGCCUGGCCCUGUUCGGCAAACCAGCAGGAUUCAAAUGUCCUGCGCGGCCAGUGAAUCGCAGUUUGGUUCCGGCUCGGCUCGGCAAAUAGCCAGUGGAAAACCACCCACACUGUGGUAGCCCCACGCUGGCACGGCUAGGAUUGUGCCGGUGGCAGGGCAGGUUUGGGCCCUGGCGCUUGAUUCAAGAACUUAAGUAAUUCCGCAGCAAAGCCUUUUGCCACAGCACUGAGUCGCUAUUUAUGUACAGUUGCAUUGCAGCUAAGUGAGUGAUACUGUGACGGAAGAGUGUGUUUCUUACCUUUUAUACAUUCUGUGUUAUUAACAAUGCAAAUGCACAAUAGCCAAUCACUAAACGCACUCUGGCGUAGCACGAGAGUGUCCGCGUGUGAGCGACUGUAACUAUAGUGGCUUGUAGUUACGGAGUGCCAUUUACCGUUUAUAUUCCCGCCCUGUGUGUCCGAGUUGUGAACUUCUCACGUUGAGGUGGGAGAAAGUUAGGCAACGUGGUAUUUAUCCAAGUCGCUAUUUAUUAUUUGCAAAACAAAUCGUUUAACAAAUAAUAUUGAAUGUCAAGCUAAUUUAAGUCGCCUAAUAAUUUUGCUUUCUCCCUUUCGGCGUCUCGCGAGACGGCAGUAGCAAUCCUCCGCCAGGUACUGCGCAAGGACGCAGCGCUCGCCAGGGUGUGCGUAUGCCAGGGUGUGCGUACGCCAGGGUGUGCGUAUGCCAGGGUGUGCGUACGCCAGGGUGUGCGUAUGCCAGGGUGUGUGUACGCCAAGUAGGGGGUACAGCUGGUGCAUCUGCCAGUCAUCUCAAUCAGCCAACCCAUGGCACCGAGGCCUAUCCCGAGACCUUCUGUCAGCGAGCCUUCGACACUUCACGCUGCCUCAAAGUGCACCUGGCCUGGCACAGGCGCCGUGGUGAUGUCACCGUCACUUAGUGACGAAUGACGGGUUUUAGUAUGGGUGUGUGUGCACACGGGCUAUGUGUGUGUGCGUGCAGGGCAUGUGUGUACACACAAGCUAUGUGUGUGCACGACAGAACACCCAGUGAGACGACCAGGAGAACGCUCACUGCCUGCGGCUCCUGCUUGCGUAGUUGUCACGCCGUCUCAGGCCGGCGUCGUGCGCUCCUCUGGCUGGUGGCUGUUGUCUGUGUGCUGCAGACAGCCCGGGAGCUUCCGUACCGCGCCGUGUUGGGUGAGAGCUGCGUGGCACGACUCCCUCGGCCAUUCAAGGCGGCAGUAGGCGACGAUGGCUAUUCCGUACUGACGAGUCCUCGCAAGGACGGAAACGGUACGGAGCUGCUUCGUUGUCAUGUUUCCGCCGAAAACAAAGCUCGAAACUUUCAGCUCUUUUGGGCACGUGGCUGCUGCAACUUGCGUGCAGAAUAUUUGGACAGCAUCUUGCCAUGCAAAGCAUGUUGGGACUUCUCGUCGUGCUUAUGGUGUCUCAAACACCUUUUUGUGUUUAUUAUUAUACCAUCACCAUCAUCAUCAUCACCACCACUUGCAAGAUGUCCAGCCAGCGUGGAAGAGUAGGCCAAACACCCUCCUGGAUGGGGCUCUCCAGAGCUCCCUCCAGUGGAGGCCCCUCCGCCAGGGCUGUCCCCGUUAUACUGGUAGGAACCUCCUGGUUACACCAGCCCACAGGGGAUUAUUGUGUCCG